AUGGUGCAGGUCUUUUCCAAACAAGAUCGUCAUCAUGAGCGACGUAAGAGUAACACCCAACAGCGAGUGGAGCACGAGCUUCUGGCGUCCCCCCUGGUGUCGCGAUCCCCGUCACCGGUCAGCGAGGCUGACGAGGAGUCCACGGGGAGAUCUCGGACGUGGAGCUGCCGUCCGAGGAGGAGGACCCAGGUGCAGACGCGACGGAGAUCGCAGAGGUCGUCGCCAUCUCUUCCGACGAGAGUGGGCCAGAGGACGCGAGUGAGGAGGAGGAGGAGGGACGGAGACCGUCAGUCCGAGGUGUCCUCGGACGAGGACGACGUGGCGCGGAUGAUCUUCCGCCGGUUGAGCAGGGCGACGGCAGGGCUCGAGAGGAUCUGCCUAGGGCAGAUACCACCGUCGGGCAAGCCCAAGGAGUGGGCUCGGAUCCUGGAGGCGCGUGCGGUCACUGUCCGCCAAUGGGAGGCCCGGCGGGCGGCAAGGAGUACAGCAGUCGCCGCGUGGGCAGCAGAGGCUGAGGGACGCCGAGGCCGAGUCGCCACCAGCACCGCAGUCGCCAUCGGCAGCGCAGCCGCCGUCGGCAACGCAGCCGCCGCUACCGCCACCACGUGCGCCGACGCCACCACCACCGCCACCACCACGCUCACCAUCACCACCACCAUCGUCUCCGCCGAGGCAGCAGGAGUGGCACCUGCCACAGGCGCAGGUCGCGCAAGCGCUGCGGACCAUCGUGGUGGAGGGGCGGCGGGUGUCAUCAGCAGACGGUCACGUGAUGGGUGGCCCGCGCCCGAGGAGGCAGCAGAGGAGGCCAGGAUGCGAGAGCCAUCGAGUGGCGGCGCCCCACCGCCGUUGAACCCGCGCGAUCCGAGAGCCAAGUCGGCGAAAACGCGUCGCGGAGACGGCCGAUCGCGAGGGACCGGAGGUGACGCCCGAGGAGGAGCGCGAGGCCCAGGAGGGGCUGGAGAAGGGGCCAUGGGAGUGGCCAUCACCGCCGGAGACGUCGCGGGACGCGGGGCCACCCCCGAAGCUGGCGCGGCAGACUUCGUGCCCGGAGUCGCGAGCCCCACCGGCGAGGCCGACGCUGCGAAGACAGCAGUCGGAAGGCGCGGAACCGUGGGCGGAGGUUCCGAAGGCGGAGUGGCCGGCGCGGGUGGCCGAAGAAGCGCAACGACAGCGAGGGAGGCAGAGGAAGGCCAGGUGGAGCUGCCGUCCGAGGAGGAGGACCCAGGCGCAGACGCGACGGAGAUCGCAGAAGUCGUCGCCAUCUCUUCCGACGAGAGUGGGCCAGAGGACGCGAGUGAGGAGGAGGAGGAGGGGGCGGAGACCGUCAGUCCCGAGGUGUCCUCGGACGAGGACGACGUGGCGCGGAUGAUCUUCCGGAUGAUCUUCCGCCGGUUGAGCAGGGCGACGGCAGGACUCGGGAGGAUCUGCCUAGGGCAGAUACCACCGUCGGGCAAGCCCAAGGAGUGGGCUCGGAUCCUGGAGGCGCGGGCGGUCCUUGUCCGCCAAUGGGAGGCCCGGCGGGCGGCGAGGACACCGCAGUCGCCAUCGGGAGCGCAGCCGCCGUCGGCAACGCAGCCGCCGCUACCGCCACCACGUGCGCCGACGCCACCACCACGCUCACCAUCACCACCACCAUCGUCGCCGCCGAGGCAGCAGGAGUGGCACCUGCCACAGGCGCAGGUCGCGCAAGCGCUGCGGACCAUCGUGGUGGAGGGGCGGCGGUGUCAUCAGCAGACGGUCACGUGGAUGUGGCCCGCGCCCGAGGAGGCAGCAGAGGAGGCCAGGAUGCGAGAGGCCAUCGAAGCCAUCGAGUGGCGGCGCCCACCGGCGUGGAACCCGCGCGAUCCGAGAGCCAAGUCGGCGAAACGCGUCGCGGAGACGGCCGAUCGCGAGGGACCGGAGGUGACGCCCGAGGAGGAGCGCGAGGCCCAGGAGGGCUGGAGAAGGGGCCAUGGGAGUGGCCAUCACCGCGGAGACGUCGCGGGACGCGGGGCCACCCCUGAAGCUGGCGCGGCAGACUUCGUGCCCGGAGUCGCGAGCCCCACCGGCGAGGCCGACGCUGCGAAGACAGCAGUCGGAAGGCGCGGAACCGUGGGCGGAGGUUCCGGAGGCGGAGUGGCCGGCGCGGGUGGCCGAAGAAGCGCAACGACAGCGAGGGAGGCAGAGGAAGGCCAGGUGGGCCAAGCUCGUGCUGGAGGAGGGACAGCGCUACCGAGUCAAGGUAGCAGGGGGCCGGGUGCGGGUGUUUAA